CUAGUUAGAUAUUUUUUAUUUUGGUAAAUACUUAGUAGAAUGUAUACUAAAAAAAUUUCUGUAAUGUUUCAGGGAAAACAUGACAUUCACAAAACCCCGAUAUAAAACAGCACGAACUGAAUAACACUCAAUGAAAAUUAUUGCAACGUUCCUUUCCUACCCCUUUUCUCCAUUAUAAAUGUUGCAAUUUUUACGUUUCACCAAUUUAACAACAACCAAUUUGCAGGCGAGGGCGAGAGAGGGGGUGAUCGGAACGAGAGGUGGUAAUUUGUCACAAAGCACCAACCAGCAACAACUUUCGAAUCAACAGAGCUACGCACAGCCUCCUGCAGGUCAAACUGGAGGCAUUUUCGGCAAUCAAAACACCAUGGGACAAACACCUUUCAGUGGUCAGAGUGGUAGUGGAAGUGGCCAGCAAGGUUUUAGUGGCAGCAAUCAACAAGGAUUCGGUGCAAGUGGUCAACAAAUGUUUGGAGGGGGCAGUCAACAGCAACCGUUUGGUACCAGCAGUCAGCAAACAUUUGGAGGAACACAACAGGCGUUUCCUGGUAGCAGCCAACAAGGUUACGGUGGUGGAGGACAACAGGCUUUCACGGGUAGUGCUGGGGGACAAAUUGCGUCGAGGUUAAUGCAUAAAGGAGUUCCUCAAGUUGUACCAAACGUUAAUUCGGCACCGAUGAAUCAACAACAGCAGCAGCAGCAACAGCAGCAACAACAACAACAGCAGCAAACAAAUCAACAACAAGGACCCAACCUCAUGCAAAAGCUGAACGAAAUUACGGCGCCAGGUGGUGAUAUAAUCUCAAAAGGAAAGGAACUGAUUUUUAUGAAAUUCGGAUUGGGAGGUAAAUAACCAUGCACAUUACCACUGUUACGUAUUGUGUUAUAUUAUCAGCUGUUUUUGAAACCCACAACGUUACACUAAAUUAAGUCAACUAAAUAGUAAUAGUAUAUUAAGGGCAAUAAUCGGAAGCAAGGCAAAUUUUCUUGCAAAACAACAUUUACUUGGACAGAGAAAAAUUAAAAAAUUUAAAUGAAAAUGGUUUUAGAUUUACUACAAAUUUUAAGUUCUUGGGUUAUCUACUUAUCGUUCAAUUUAAAAUAAAAAACUAUCAGUAUUAUGCUGUAUGCCAGCUGCAAAUAAAUAAAUAAUUAUUUCAGUACAAAUUUGACCAAAUAUAUAGUUUAGUCUAAUUAGAUAGAAGAGAAACGAUCGUUGUUAAUAUGUAAAUAAAUAAACAAAUAGGUUUCAGAAACAGCUUUUAUGGCACAACUUUGUUAUUAAUUAUUAUUGACUAGAUAAUAUGCUGUUGAAUAUAAAGUGCACAUUUGGACAUUGAAAAAUUAUAAAUUUGUCGUCGUACAAAAUAAAAUUGGAUCUGCUUCAAUUGUGCACUUAAUAUCUAAUUAUUAUACGACAAAAUUUGUUGUGCCUUCUCCUUAUUACUAACGCACAGCAAAGUUGUUUUGUUAACUGUUAUCAAUACGUUGCUGUUCCAUUGUUCAAAUUGUUUUAAAGGACUCCGCACUUUCCUAAUGGAAAAUGACCUUCGGAUAAGCUAAUACUGUGGAUUCAGGAAUUAACCCCUUGGAGUUUCGUUAUUUGUGGAUUUCAGUUUACCUGACUCCAAAAUUUCAGAGUUUCACCGAGGGCCAUUUUACAUAAGGAAAGUGCAGAGUCGAUGUUUAUAAUGGUUAAACAUUACAAUUUCAGAAUUCUGUUACACUAAUAAUAUAUCAUACCUAUAUAAUAAUUAGUAACGUCAUUAUUGCAAAGGGAUGCUGAAAAAACUUAUAACUAACGGUUAAAAUUGUUGAAAAUUAUCAUAAAAAAGAAGUUUGUUUAUAAGAAUGUUAACAAAACAGCUAAUGAAGCAUUUAUUCCUUUGUUAUUUUUAACGUUUAAAUAAUAUUGAGAAUAUU